AUGUUGUUCCAACUCAAGCCCAACAUCCUCAGGUUUGAAAAGUUCUCAAAGGAUCCUGGAAUUGGACCGGAGAUACUGUUCCAACUCAAGUCCAACACCCUCAGGUUGGAAAAGUUGGCAAAGAAUCCUGGAAUUGGACCAGAGAUAUUGUUCUGUCUCAAGUCCAACUCCCUCAGGUUUGAAAAUUUGGCAAAGAGUCCUGGAAUUGGACCGGAGAUACUGUUCCCACUCAAGUUCAACACCUUCAGGUUUGAAAAGUUGGCCAAGGAUCCUGGAAUUGGACCGGAGAUACUGUUCCAACUCAAGUCCAACACCCUCAGGUUGGAAAAGUUGGCAAAGAAUCCUGGAAUUGGACCAGAGAUAUGUUCUGUCUCAAGUCCAACUCCCUCAGGUUUGAAAAUUUGGCAAAGAGUCCUGGAAUUGGACCGGAGAUAUCGUUACCACCCAAUCGAAUAA